AUGGGCGAUGCUCCUGUGUCGAACCGGUCUACUGACCUGCCGGCCGGCGUCAUGGAUUUCAAAACUUUCGACAUCUCGGGUCUUGCCUCUGAACAGCACACGACUCCAACGGGCAUGAGAGAAGACGUCGUGCUCUUGUCGUGGCUCAUUGUCCUUCUGCGAACUCGGGAAGAUAGCCGAGUCUCGUUUGACUGGACCUACCAAUCUGCUUCUGAGCAAAAGGCCGAGAAAAGAUGUUUAUCCAUGGACAAUGUGAUGACAGGAUUGCAAGACCGCGUUGGGAAAGUCGCCGCCGCAAUCUUUGAUGACGUCGAGACCGUCGCACCGAGCCAUCAUGUCCCCGCGACGUCCAGUCCUGCCUCGCUCCUACUGAGCACCGGCUCCUUGUCCCAGACGUCUGAAGAACCCAAAGAUGAAGGUGUGCUUCACCUCGAAGUGGUCUUGGGCGAUGGCCUGCUCGGCGUCCGUCCAGUGUGGCACACGGAAAACAUGCUGCAAUUCACAGUGGAACGACACGUUGACGUGCUGGUUGAGACGAUGAGACUGUGCAUCUCAAAUCCCGAUGCCUCGAUUGAGGACUGCCUUCGGCCGACCGCACGGGACCUGGACGACAUUUGGGGGUGGAACCACGAGCUACCUCCCACCUACGAUUUUUGCAUGCACGACAUGAUAGCCGAACGAGCACAGGCAGUGCCAGACAAAGUGGCAAUCUCGUCCUGGGACGGCAGCUUGACAUACGCCCAAAUCGACCGGUACUCGACACGGACAGCGUGCUCCCUCAAAGAGGCGGGCGUGCAGCUGCACGACGUCGUACCGGCGUGCUUUGAGAAAUCCAGAUGGACCAUCGUCGCCGUGCUCGCCAUCAUGAAAGCAGGAGCAACCUUCGCCCUCAUGGACCCCACGCUCCCACUCGCCCGCCUGCAGAACAUGGCGAUCCAAGUGGGCGCCAAGACGAUGCUGUCGUCUCGCAUGCAGCACGAGCUGUCGACCUCGAUCCUGCCGAGCGGGACGCACAUCGUCGUCGAGGAGGACAGCUUCGCCCGCCUGUCGCCCUCCGACGCCCCCCCAACGCUGGACCCCGUCCCAGCAUCAGCCCUCAUGUACAUCAUCUUCACGUCCGGCAGCACCGGCACGCCGAAGGGCGUCACCAUCUCCCACCGCACGUACACGAGCAGCGCCAUCCCGCGGGCCAAGGCGGUCGGCUACGCGGCGGACUGGCGCGUGCUCGACUUCGCGUCGUACGCGUUCGACGUCAGCAUCGACAGCAUGCUGCUGACGACGGGCAACGGCGGCUGCCUCUGCAUCCCGUCGGACGAGGACCGGCUCAACGACAUCAACGGCGCGAUGCGGGCCAUGCGGGUCAACUACGCGGGCAUCACGCCCUCGGUGGCGCGCAUCCUCGAGCCCGACGUCAUCGCCUCGCUGCACGGCCUGGGGCUCGGCGGAGAGGCGGCGUCGGCGCGGGACGUCGCGCUGUGGGGCCGCGAGACCAGAAUCAUCAUCGGCUACGGGCCGUGCGAAUGCACCAUCGGGUGCACCGUCAACGCCGACACGGCGACGGGCAGGGACUACAUCUCCAUCGGCACCGGCAACGGGGCCGCCAUCUGGAUCGCCGACCCCAACGACCACGAGGCGCUUGUGCCGGUGGGUGCCGUCGGCGAGUUGCUCGUCGAGGGCCCGAUUGUGGGACAGGGGUACUUGAACGACGCCGAGAAGACGGCAGCCGCCUUCAUCGAAGACCCGAGCUGGCUCGUUGCCGGGCACGAGGGCUACGCUGGCCGUGGUGGCCGUCUGUACAAGACUGGAGACCUUGGUCGGUACGAUCCCGACGGUUCUGGCGGCAUCGUGUUUGCCGGCCGCAAAGACACGCAGGUCAAGCUGCGCGGGCAGCGGGUCGAGCUCGGCGAGAUCGAGAGCCAGCUGCGAGCCAGGCUGCCUUCGGACACCAACGUCAUUGCAGAGGUGAUUGUUCCUCAGGGGACGGGUGGUCAACCCACGCUGGUGGCGUUCGUGGCAUCCCAGGGCUACGCUGAUGGUGAGCUCAGCUCGACGACACUCGCGGGGGAGAUGCGCGAGCUGCUGUCCAAGGCCGACGCGGAGCUGGCCACGGUGGUGCCGCGCUACAUGGUGCCCAACGCGUACAUUCCCGUCAGCCACAUCCCGGUGUUGAUUUCGGGCAAGACGGACCGCAAGCGCCUCAGGGCGUUCGGCCAGACGGUCGACCUGCGGCAGCUGGAUCACGGCGGCGCGACGAGCAGCAGCACCAGCCGGGAGCUGAAUGACGUCGAGAAGCGGCUCCAGCAGGCGUGGGGCCAGGUCUUGAGCGUCGACGCAGACGGCAUCCGGCCCGACGACAACCUCUUCGCCCUGGGCGGCGACUCGCUGGCGGCCAUGAGACUGGUGUCGGUGUGCAGAGACGCGGGCCUCGACCUCUCCGUCAUCGCCAUCUUCGCGAACCCCACGCUCGCGGCCAUGGCCCAAGUCGCCCGCGUCGUCAACGCGCAGGCCCGCACGGAGCUGGCCCCCUUCUCCAUGAUCUCGCAAGACGUCGAGAGCGCCCGUCUCGAAGCGGCGGCGGCGUGCGGCACGGAUGCCGCCGCCGUCGAAGACAUCUACCCGUCCACCCCCACGCAGCAGUCCCUCUUCACCUUCGCCAUCAAGUCGACCAAAGCGUACGUCGCCCAACGCGUCGCCCGCAUCCCGGGCCACAUCCCGCUCGACGCGUGGAAAAAAGCCUGGGAGGACGUCGUCGCGGCAAACCCCAUCCUGCGCACCCGUCUGGCCCAGCUCCAGGACCCCGGCUUCCAGCAGGUCGUGCUCAAGGAGAACAUCGCCUGGCGACACGCAACACAUCUCGCUUCCUAUCUCGAGUCCGACCGCCAGGACGCGAUGCAGCUGGGCCAACCCCUCGCCCGCUACGCCAUCGUCACACCCGACGACGACGACGACGACGACAACAACAACAACAACAACACUUCCCGCUACAUGGUCUGGACCAUCCACCACGUCCUCUACGACGGCUGGUCCGAGCCGCUCAUCCUCAACCAAGUCCGCAACGCCCUCCAGCAGCCCAACCAGGCCGCCGCCGCCACCACCACCACCACCCCAGCACAAAUGCGCGACUUCGUCAACUGGAUCCGCCACCAAAACGACACCGCCACGCAAGACUUCUGGCGACGCCAACUCCACGACGCCGUCGGGCCGCAAUUCCCGCGCCUCCCCUCGCGCGACUACCAGCCCACGCCGACGGCGACAGUCUCGCUGGCGAUGACAACGACGUCGUCGAGCAACAGCGGCUCCGCGUCCGCGUCCGCGUCCAGCCGAACCUUCACGACAGCGACGCUCCUCCGCGGCGCGUGGGCGCUCGUCGCGGCGCAGCACGCCGCGACCGACGACGUCGUCUUCGGCGAGACGCUGACGGGGCGCGACGUCGAAGGGUUGGCGGGGGUGGAGGGCGUGGUCGGGCCGCUGAUCGCGACGGUGCCGGUGCGGAUACGGGUCGGCGUGGGCGCGACGACGACAUCGACUGUUGAGAGCUAUCUGCGGGCGGUGCGGCGCGGGGUGCUGGAGCGCACGCCGCAUCAGCAUGUGGGGUUUCAGAAUAUUAGGCGCGUGUCGCCGGAUGCGCAGCGCGCGUGCGAGACGGGGACGGGGUUGGUGUUUCAGCCGGAGGGGGAGGGGGAUGGUGGUUGUGUUGGUGAGUUGGGGUUCGAGGUGGGGGAUGUGGUGCAGGAGGCGCUGCAUUUCAAUGCGUAUCCGGUGAUGCUGGCGUUUGGGAUUCGGAAGGGUGGUGGCGUCAGGGUUUGCGCGAGCUUCGACGAGGGCCUUGUGUCGGUGGCGCAGAUGCGUCGGGUGCUGGCGCAGUUGGACGUGGCGUAUGCGAGGCUGAUGGCGGCGCCGCUCGACGCGCCGCUCGGGGACGUGGCGGCGGGGUUGCUGCCCGGCGACGAGCUGGAUGCCGUUUGGCGCUGGAAUGGGACGCCGCCCAUGGGUGUCGACGAGUCGUUGCGGUGUCUCAGGGCGGAUGGGGCCAGCGUCAGGCCGGGCGAGGUGUAUCCCCGUGCUGUCGUGCCGUGGGUGUGUGACCUGCGCAGCCCGGCGAAGGCGUUGGCGCCGAUUGGGUGUGUUGGAGAGCUGUGGCUCGAGGGCGCCGUCCUGCCUGGGGAGACUGUCGAGAAUCCGGCCUGGCUCGUUGCGGGCAGCCCGGGCUGCGCCGGCCGCGAGGGGAGGGUUCAGCCGACGGGCGACCUUGUGCGGCUGCUGGAGGACGGCAGCAUCGUGUUUGUGCGUCGGAAGGACAAGGUGUUGAGGAUUCAGGGCCAUGCGGUCGAUGUUGCCGACUUCGAUGCGCCGUUCAAGGCAUGUCUACCGCAGACGGUGAGGGCCGCCGUGGCUGUGUCACAGCAGGAGUCGGGUGACGAUGAUGAGCGGGUGCUGGUUGUUCUUGUAGAGCACCCGGAUUCCGAGGAGAGCGGUGUUGAGCUCAGGCCGACGACCCACGACGUCACUUGCGAGGGCGAGGGCCUGCAAGUCUGCUCCAGCGCUCCCGCUACCCUUGUUGUGGCCCUGAAGAAGCUCGACAAGUUCAUCCAGGACUCGCUCGCGUCGUACAUGGUCCCCUUCGCCUACGUCGUGGUCGACAAACUCCCCACCGAGAUCAACCACAAAGCCUUGAAUCAGCUCGCUUCGGCGGUCCCCAGAGACGUCCUCACUCAGCUCCGCCAGGGGCUCCAGGAGGCGUGGACUAAAUCUGCGCCGCAGUCAACCUUGUCGCCGGCAGAGGAUGUGCUGCGGUCAUCCUGGGCCGAACUCCUCGGCAUCGCUCCCGAUCAGAUCGAAGUGGACGACAACUUCUUCCGCCUCGGCGGCGACUCCGUCUCGGCCAUGAAGCUGGCGUCGAGCCUUCGUGCCCAGGGCCACAGCCUGUCCGUCGCCGACAUCUUCUUGCACAUGCGUCUCGGCGACGCUGCCAAGGUGAUGAAGAUGAACCACGCGUUAUCAUCGUCGACGACGGCAAAGUCACAACCCCCGUACAAGCCGUUCUCUGUGCUGGGUAAGGUCGACGUGGAUGCAUUCUUGUCCGAUGUCGUCCGCCCACAGCUUGCCGAUUCACGCUGGUCUGUCCAGGAUGUGUACCCGGUCACCGAUUCGCAGGCACUUGACGUCAAAGCCACCAUCCAGGCGCCGCGUACGUCGGUGCAGUAUACUCUGCUUUACCUCGACAGCAGUGUGGACUCGGAGCAGCUGUCUCGCGCCUGCACGCAGCUCGUCAAGACCCACGACAUCCUGCGCACCGUCUUCGUACGGGAUGCCGAAUCCAACCGAUUCCUCCAGGUCGUCUUGCACAACCUCGAUGCUCCCAUCGCCACGCAACAUCAGGCCGACGGCGUCAAUCUCGAACAACACGUCACCGACCUCUGCAAAGCCGACAUCGAAUCCGCCUCCAUCUCCCUCGGCUCCCCCUUCCUCAAGCUCUUCCACGUCCACGGAUCCGGAGAAGACGACAACGGCCGCAGCUGCCUCAUCAUCCGCCUCUCCCACGCCCAAUACGACGGCGUCUCCCUACCGCGCCUGCUCGAAGACCUCGACACCCUCUGCAAGGGCGCCGCCGCCGGCCCCCUCCCCCCCUUCGAACCCUACUCCACCUACAUCGCCCGCGUCGUCCACAACGACCGCUCCCCCCACCACCGCGCCGCCCUCCACCACUGGCGCCGCCUCCUCGCCGACUCCACCCCCACCCCCUUCCCCGAGGGCCGCUCCACCACCACCACCCCUCACCCCACCGACCGCGCCCUCUUCCUCUCCGCCCCCAUCGCGCACUCCCCCACCACCACCACCAACUCCGAAACAACAACCGCGUCGCUCCUCACCGCGGCGUGGGCGCUCGUCCUCGCCCGCCGCUCGCAGUGCACCGACGUCGUCUUCGGCGCCAUCACGUCGGGCCGCGCCGUCGACGUCGGCGAUGACGCUGGCGCUGACGCUGAUGCGAUGCUGCCAACGAACGUCGCGGACGUGGUCGGGCCGUGCUACCAGUUCACGCCGGUGCGGGUGCGGUUCGCGGCGGGGUGGACGGCGCGGGAGCUGCUGGGGUCCGUGCAGCGGCAGGCGGCGGGGGCGGCGGGGCGGGAUUUCGUGGGGGUGGGGAGGAUCGCGCGGGAGUGUGGGUGGAGUGGGACUGGUGGGGAGGAUUGCGGUAAGGAGUUGGGACCGGGGCUGUUUGGGUCGGUGGUGCAUUGUCAGGAUGCGGCGGAGGAUUUCGACGAGAUGCCGUUUGCGGGCGGGAGGUGUCGGGUCGGCGUCGAGAAGCCGCAUGGGGAUGCGGCGUGGCCGUUCAAGGCGGUGUCGUUUGUGAAGGGUGGGGUGGUGCAUGUUGGGGUUGUGGGGAGCGAGAGGGAUGGGGCGUUUGUGGAGGAGAUGCUGGGGGAGUUGGUGGGGGCGGUGGGGGAGUUGGCGGCGCCGCCGGUUGAGGGGACUGCGUUGUUGGGGGGUGAGGUGUUUGAGGGGGCAGCUUAA